AGUCACAUCAUUCUUAACUGUGUUUCCGGUGACCGGCGGCCAUCACGCUUCUGUCAUUGCAGCGGCUUGAUCCUUCAGCGGAACAGAAAGAUGGCAGGGCGACGCGCAGCUGUAAAGGCCAUUGAUUGGCUGGCUUUUGCGGAGAGGGUCCCACCGAACCAGAGAGCCAUGUUCAAUAGCCUGAAGACCCGCAGUGAUGCCAUCACAGCAAAACUUGGGUCCUUACCGGCGAAGCCAGCUCCCAUCGACUGGAGUUUCUACAGAAGUGUUGUGGCUAAAGCAGGCAUGGUGGAUGAGUUUGAGAAGAAGUUUGCUGCAUUGACAGUCCCUGAGCCAGUGGACACUCAGACUGCAAAGAUUGAUGCACAGGAGCAAGAGGCUAACAAAAACGCAGCAGCAUAUUUGGAAGCAUCUAAAGCUCGCAUUGCUGAGUAUGAGAAGGGGCUUGAGAAGUUCAGGAACAUGAUUCCUUUUAACCAGAUGACCAUAGAAGAUCUCAACAACACCUUCCCAGAGACCAAGUUGGACAAGGCCAAACAUCCAUACUGGCCGCACAAGCCUAUCACUGACCUGUAAUUUAUUAGCAAUGCCCAGAGCUUUUAAGGAAUGCAUCUUUAUGAGACUGUGUAUAGUCUGGCCUGAUAAUGCUUAUACUGUAAAAGUGAUUCCAAUCGUGAAGAGUCAUUACUAAUUUAUGUUUGGUAAAAAUAAGUAAAAAAAUAAAAAUGAAUUGUUUAAAAAA